AUGUACACGGUAACCGAAUGCAUUGAAAACCCUCUUGUAGUUGUCAAAAAAAUCUUUGACGCGUACAAGGGCUCUACAAAUGUAGGAAUUGGUAACGACUAUGAAGUCUCUGAAAACUUCAAAAAUGUAUUUGCAACAGAGGCGGCUAUAAAAAUGAUUCCAUCAAUAAAUGAUAUUUGCACCGACGAUAUUCCUUCGAAUACUUUAGUCCGGUUUCGAUGUAUGAUUCAGAAUACGGGACUAGGACACGAAAUGUAUUUGAGCGUGUUUGAGACGUUUGAUUCGAGUGGUGUCAAGGAGGAGGGAUCACAUACUAAUAAUAAUGUUAAUAGCUUCAGUUCUAAUCUCCUUGAUUCACCAACAACUGUCCUCGAUGAACGGUACCUAUACUACUGUGUGUCUGUACCGGAAAAUAACAGUAAUGUCAUCAAGAAAAGAUCAAACGAUGAUGAUAGUAUUGAAGAUCUUGAUCGACUAGCAACAAAGCUAAAUCUCUUUGAUGAUGAGCAACAUCAUCUAGAAAAUCAUAAUCGUCGUCAACUUGAAAAAAACUAUGUGGCUUCAAAGUUUCCUUUCCCAAAUGAAAGUCAUGUUUCUGCUAUUGUGAAGGUUUAUGAAAAAAAUGAUUCGCUCAAAGUAGGCGACGUCAUGGAAAUAAUCGGUGUAUUGGAACAUUUUACACGAAGGGAAUCAGGCAACAAUAAUGACGAAUUCAAUCCGUCAAAUGAUUUCAUUGACCCGAGCUCACUUUUAAAAGUUCCUCGUCUUCACGCAAUCUUUUAUAGAAAAUUGCAUUCGUCGAGUAAUCCGUUGAUUUCAGAAGUGAACUUGAAGAAUACCACAUUGGAAGUCCAAAAUACUGCAAGAGACACAAGAAACUCAUUGAUUCAGUAUAUCGCGUCAGCAUUCGCCGGAGAUUUACUCGUAGCUGAAUUUGUUUUAUUACAACUCCUUUCCAGAAUAUACAAUCGUCGAGACGGCCUAACACUCGGAAAAUUCGGAAUAAACAUCACAAAUAUUCCUCCAUCUUCACAAAUAGACGACAAAAGCGUAUCCUCAUCAUCAUUGCCUUUAUCGCACACUAAUCCAUUCACGCGAAAUGUGGCCGCGAUAUUAUCGUCAGUUCUGACAAAGUACCAUGAUCUACCAUUGACACUUUCCACGCUUAAUAAUGUGUUUUUCUAUCCAAGAUGUGAUGGUGUUUUGGACUCGGGUGUGUUUCAAGUGAGCGAUGGGACUUUUUUCUUAGUUGAUGAGACGGUGUUGAAGGAAGGCACGUUGGGUGAUACUGGCGUUCGUAAUAUGCAGACAUUAACUGAUAUCCUAAAUACUCAAAAGUUAAAUUACGUGUUCCCAUUCAACAAUUUCCAAUUCAAUAUCGAUAUUGGACUAAUAAUCUUCUCAACUGCUAAAUCCUUUUUCCCGGUUGAUUGUGUCAUUCCUUUAAGGCCUUUGGCCACCCAAGAAACAAUGCCCUCACUCUCUGAGGAAACAUUAACAGAGUACCAAAAGUACAUUAGUAUAUUGCGGUACUUGGAUUACUCGAUCUCCGAGUCUGUUUCUGAGUUUGUGCAAAAUGAAUUUGUUAAACAACGACAAACGGCCGCGAAAAAUGGCCAGUCAUUAAUGACUCCAGACGACUUGUUCCUGCAAAUGAAUCUUGCAAGAUUGACUGCGCUAAGUUUUGGAGAAACGGAGUUGACGACGGAAAUAUGGAAGUAUACUCUGAACUUGGAUCGUGUCCGAAGAGAACGUCUUUAG